AUGAUAAUGAACUCUAAUACAUCUAUGUAUCCAAGGCUACUCACUUUGGAACCGCUGGACAUAUCACCAUCUAAUAUUUUACCAUUGUUCAUGUUUGGAGCCUUUACCUAUUGUGCUAUUUUGUUUUUCAAUAUUACAUUAAUGCUAACAAUUGCUCUGAACCAAAAACUUCAUAAACCUAUGUACAUACUGUUGUUUAACAUGCCAAUCAAUGACAUUUUAGGUGCCUCUGCCUUUUUUCCUCAGAUGAUCUCUAGUAUGCUUUCACAGAAUAGAUCAAUCACUUAUACUGCAUGUUAUGUGCAAGCCUUCUUCGUACAUUUGUAUGGGGCUGGAUCACUUCUUAUUCUAACUGUUACGGCUUAUGACAGAUAUAUUGCAAUUUGCUACCCACUGAAAUACAAUACCAUGAUGUCCCCAAAUAACUUGCUGAAGAUAAUAACGACAGUGUGGACCACAGAUUUAACCGUGGUUUGUUUACUAAUUGCUCUGACCUACCAUCAAGAGGUUUGUAGCACAAAAAUAGUUGACAUUUUCUGUAAUAAUCCAAGUUUGAUGAAGCUAAUUUGUGGGGACAUAAAGUUGACUAAUUACUAUGGGCUGUCUAUUACAGUUUUGUAUCAAUGUGUGACACUAUUUGUAAUGUUUUUCACAUACAUCCAAAUCUUAAUCACCUGUGUCUCAAAACGACAAUCUGAUGCUAAAAGCAAAGCAAUUCAGACCUGUGGUACACACCUUGUUGUUUUCUUAUGUAUGGAGCUCAGUUCACUGAUUGCCAUAAUUUCACAUAGGUUUGAAAAUGUAUCCCAGUAUUUAAGAAGGACAUUUGGUGUGGCUGCAAUGAUAUUUCCUCCUUUUCUUAAUCCUCUAAUAUAUGGAUUGAAAACAAAAGCAAUUCGACAGAAUAUUACUGUCUUGUUUCGUAAAAAGAUCUCUCAGUCAUCACAGACAAUGAUUUGUUAG